CUACUUCGAAUCAACGGCGGAUCCAGGGGGGCGGUUAUGGGGGUCAUGAGCUCCCCCUGAGCUGAGAGCUUGACAAAAUUUUUAAAUAUAUGACUUGACCACGACUAUGUGGCUGUGUUAAUACCCCUUGGCGCCAAAGCUGGAUCCGCCCUAGCUUCGAAUGCUCUAUAUCGGUUAAUUAAUAGUAGGUAAGUUGCCUCUAAAACUAGCUCAGAUCAUCAACUGUAUCGUAGAGAAUGAUUUGGGAAUCCCCAAAACAUGCUAAAGUGUUAAAUUGUUAUGCACGAAUUGUAAAGAGUUAUGUUUCUAACCGUAACUCUAUACAUUAAUGAAAGAAUAUUUUCUAUAUGUCAUUUAACCUGUCCAAAAGACGUUUACAAAAUAUUUAUUACAGUUUUUAGCUUAUUGAUUAGUUGAAUAGAUAUAGCAUUAUAAAAGUUAAAUAAUGCCGGAACCCGUGGAGCAGAAGACGAUCGACCCAGAAGCGGAGCUCAGCAAUGUUCAGAAGACGUUUGAGAAGCUGGCGCCGCUAUGCACGGUGGAGAAGCGCGCGGCAGGCGAGCCCCAGCUGGCCCCGCAGGAGAAGCAGCUAGACAUCCUCGCUAAAGAGCUGCGCGAGACGCUGCUCUGCAUCAACCUUGCAAAGAAGGGCAUGCAUGCACUGCGCGAUGCACAGACCAAAAGCAGCACGAAGCGGGGCAUCGUGGAGUAUGAGGCACAAGAGACACGGCUGCGUGAGGAGCGCGCCCAGCUCGCCGAACUCGACUGCCUUAACUACCUCGCUCAGAAGCAGAUAGUUGAGCUGCUAAAGAAGGUGCCCACGGAGUCAGAGGAAUUGGCGAUAAUCGAAAACGCCAAUAACCGUCUACGGCGCAUGGAGAACCGGCUGGACCUUGCCACCAAGCGCUUCUGUGUUGUCAACACCAACAACAAGACCGUGCGCGAGGAGAUACACCGCCUUCUCGUCGAGAGAAACGACUUCAACGUUCAAUGGAACCGCACAAUCGGCAAGCUGGUACGCGGCAAGGAGUACCUAAUGGACAUUCUGGAGAUCGCCAGCGCUGCCUUCGCCGACCGCGACGAGUGUUGCCGCAAACUCGAGGCUCUCAAGUGGAAGGGCCUCUUCCAGCUCAACAGAGACAUAUCGGAGAUGCAAGCCUUCGAAGGCGAGCUUAAUCACUUAGCCAAAUUAGAGGAGUUCUUACGCGUGAAGGGCUCACGCCGCGUUUGUGAGGCUGACGAAAAGGAGGAGAUCAAGCGGCAGGAGGAGGUGCACCGCUGCGAACAGGAAAUCGCGCGCCACGACGCGUUGCUUGAGGAGAUCUUCGAAUACGCGGGAUCGGACCGUGUGUCCACCAUAAUUAACCAUUUCAACACGGCGGAGAUCCAGAACUUUUCGACAUUUGUGCUGCUGUGCGAGGUGCUGCAAGAGUCCGUCAUCAUGCGACGUGACCUAGAGUCCACCAGGCAGAGGAUAAUGGACCAGCGUGAUGUCAACGAGGGUCGACUGGAGCGCGAGGAGCGGCGGCUGACGGAGCUACGCGCCACGCUCGAGGACCAGCGCAUGCGCACUCAGCGCUUUCUCGAGCUCAACAACAACGCUGAGGCCGUUAUCAUUAAAGUCCUUAAGGGCAUCGACGACUUGGUCAGACUGGCCAGGUGCGACUGCACCCCGCUGCUGAGCCUACUAGGCAACCACAAGGAGGUGACCAAAUGGAACGUCUCCAAGUUCCUCAAGAUCCUCGAGGCGGAGGUGAAGAGUCUCAUUGAAGUGGCAUACGGCGCCGUCAAGCCUCCAGCACCCACUCCGAAGGGGCGGAAGGCGCCGCCGGCAGCUGUCAAGCUUGUGGCUGACCCGUACGUGGAACAGUUGCGGCCCAACAGAAUCGAACAGCUUGUGCCCUACCAACCGUGCGCUUAUUGUGUUGAGGAUUACAUAAUGAACCUGGUGUUUGAGACCCCUGCCGUGCCUGCUGACGAUGAAUACGUGCAGGGCAUCUUCCACCUUGAGGACAUCAACACCAAAUUUGGAAUAUAUACACUAACCAUACCAACAAAGCGACACCCAUACCGUGGUACCAAGAAGGAUUAGAAAAUUCAGAAUGGAUUUCGUUUACCAAAUAUUUUAGAAAUACUUUACUGAUUAGGUCAUUAACAAAACCUUAUGAAAAAUACUUAAAACGUACAAAUAUUAAAAUUUUAACUUUCUAAAUCGAUUUUUGUCAAAUUUGAAAAUAAUGAAAUCAUGUCAUGUGGAUUAUAAAAUGUAACAAGAUCUAGUAUCUUCCAAAUAGCAAACUAUACAAAUAUA